AUGGCUUCCCCUAGACCCAAUGCGACACCUACCGCGGGAGCAUCUGCUCCAUCAACGCAACCGAUCACACCUCCAGCAGAGCCUCUACCGCCGUCAAACCCAGCAGCUCCAGCACUCCCUACUCCCGCGCAGACACCUUCUACCUCACUCCAAGAUAGCGGCAAAAGCAGACGACCUCGAGAUGCGCGCCUAAUCCACAUGCUUCUGGCAUCACUUGGUGUCACAUCUUACCAAGAGCGUGUCCCGCUCCAGCUCCUUGAUUUCGCAUACCGAUACACAUCCAGCACACUGCAAGAUGCAGUAUAUCUCGCGACAGAAGGCUAUCCAGGAGAGACGCAGAAAGAAGGUGGUGGUCGAUCCCACGCGCAUCAAGAUGGAAGCAGCGGCGUGAGUUUAGGUGCAUUGCGAAUGAGCAUAGCUUCACGUCUUCAUUACCAGUUUCAACCGGGCCUGCCUAAAGAAUUCUUAAUGGAUCUCGCUGCCGAACGGAAUAGGAUUAUGUUACCGGGUGUUUCGAGAGGUCAGGAAGGAGGGGCAGGUAGCACAGCUGCUCUGGGCCAGGAGACUAUGAUGGGUGGAUUACGGUUGCCGCCAGAACGGUUUUGCCUAACAGGAGUAGGGUGGGAUAUGAAGGGGGAGUGGGAGAGUGAAGGGGAAGAAGAUAUGGAUAUUGAUGCGCAGGCUGCCGGUGCUGGUGCUGGCGGGCCGGGUGCAGCUGGGGAGAAAGACGCGGUGGAGGAAGGAGAUGAUGACGACGACGUUGAUGGAAGGAUGGAAGAUGUGUUCGGGCAUACCGCUACGGUAGACGGUGAAAAGGACGAGGAUAAGACUAUGACAGACGUCUGA